AAUACGCAGUUUAUACGCGUAUAAAAUACGCGGAUAUAAUCCGCGUAUUAAAGUCGCCCGAUUAAAUCGCCUAGUGUGUCCGGCCCUUUAGCCUCCAUUGUGCUGCACUGUGGAAUUCGAAUUUUAGUCCAGGCUAGGCAGACUAGCUUUCUAAAGGCUAGCCUGUCUCAUAAUGUAGCCUGCAGUCGCAUCAACGUGUUCACGGUUCUUUCAGUUAACCGCUGCCGCCAUGUUACGUGUUGUACUCGUGCUCAGAUUAAUCAGAUUUAAUAUCAAAUUUAUAAUCAUCAGAUCGCUUUAUUACAAAAGCCCGCCAUACCAGUUCUGUCGAAAGAAUAUAUAGCACCGUAGGCGCAAGAUAGACUCGCUCUCUCUAGAACCACUCAUGCGAAAUCACGUGCAAUGACCUGUAGCACUUAACAGGAUCAACCGCGUAUGCGCGAAAAUGUUUCCAAAAAGAGUGGACAUAGUUUACGCUUCGGUGACGACGUUAGGCGGCUAACCGCAUGCCCUCUAGGGAGCCAUUGCGCCGCGUGGCCCUAAAGCGACCGGAUUUAUAUCGUACCGCUGUUGUCGGCGGGUCGUCGACCGCCACUGCCGAAAUGUCGAUGUCUCGUCUGGCCGUGAUUAUUAAAAAUCAUACGCGGCGAAAGCAGGCGACGAAGCUGAGCUGUGCGAUCGCGCUGCUCGUCGUGUUAACUUACUACGGAAGUUCGUCGCUGCACGCCGAUGCCGACAACGGCAAAUACGACUGCGCCGACGGUUCGAAUUCUGUCGACUGCGAGCGGAACCGUGCGUCGUCGGCGCGUUCGUCUGGCAGUCGUCCGCCGACGGAAAAGAUAAAAGUGGCAGCGUCAGUAGCAGAGGACGUGAACUUUGUCAGCGGAGCCAAGCUGUUAGGAUGGAUACCGAGAGCCGUUCUCAAGCCUCAUAAACCCACCUGGACGGGAGGCAGAGUGCAAUGCGUGACUAGUUGCCAACUCACUAUAAGGAAUCGGGAAGCGUACUUCGCUGCGUUCAGCAACACGGAUGGAAACUGCUUCUGUGUUCGGCAGCCGCUACCCGAAAAUGUCGCGAUCCGCACAGUCGGCGAUGCUAGCGACGUCCUGAUCUACGGCCUCCAUCGCAGAAUCAUGAAAGUGGACGAUGACAGAUGCGGGCUUGUGUCCCUCGAAGCCAGUGCGACUCGAACACCGAUAGCUCUGGCCUCCCUCCAGGGCUCAGGUCAGCGCUGGUUACGUCAUCUACUGGAGCUGACCACGGGCGUAAUGACGGGAAGUGUGUCCACACCAAAAGUCUUGAAGGAAAAUGAAUUUUUGGGAGACAUGGAGCCAUUUAACGACGGCACCACGCUGGUGCAAACGACACACAACUACGGUCGCGCCGACAUUGCAAAGUUCAACGGCACGGCAAUCCUGCUCUUACGCAACCCGUACGAGGCUAUCCUCGCCGAGUUCUGCCGUAAGGCGAUAGCCGGCAGGAAGAUUACCGUGCAGGAGCCGUUAUUUGAAAAAAUGAUGUGGAAACGUUACGCGCUCGACACAGCACUCGAUUGGAUGUUUCUUGCCCGCGGCUGGAUCGACCGCGGACAGCGCCUCCUGGUGAUCUUCUACGACAAUCUGGUGAAGGACACCAGCACGGAGCUUCUACGCAUCGCCAACUUCGUCGGCGCCGGCGUGUCCGAUCAGCGUCUGCGCUGCGCGCUCGCGCACCGACACAGCCCGUACGAGCGCCACCUGCCGGAGCUGCGUAUCACCCCCUACGACUACACGAGUUUCAGCAACACGUCGGAACCCUACUACCGACGCAUGGACGGCUACAUUGACACGGUCGCCGCCCGCCUGCCGGAGUACGCGCACAUAUUCGAGUCGUACAAACGCUCGAAGACGGGCUCAAUUCGACCGGAACCUUGGUGACGGAGUCUUUUGGUCCCGGAGCGUGACCCAUAGCGCUCGCUUCACGCAGAGAGAGAGAGAGAGAGAGAGAGACAGUGGGCUAAUAGACAGACCUCUCUAUACGCGCGCAUUAUUUCUAAGACUCGCUUACCGUACGAUCUGCCCAUAGCUAUACCUGCCGAUAAUGCGGAAAGGAAUCCGAUAAAUGCCAUAAAGGAUGUUAGAAUUUACCACCAUUAUUUAGGCCUUCUCCUGAUAUGGUGUACCGUACCUACAUGGUGUAGGGGUGGGGGGAGGGGGGAGGGAGUUUACCACCAUUAUUUACUCCUGAUAAACAGUGUUGUAGUCAAGUCCACAGCCUCCGUGGCCAAGACCGAGUCCGAUCGAGUCCAUAGCCUCCAAGGCCAAGGCCGAGUCCGAGUCCACACCACCCGAGUCCGAGUCCAGCUUUGAUAACAAAAAUUAGGGGACGCAGACUGACAAGGCAGCCCCCUUCUAUGUAUACGGUUGGUCAAAAAAAUGGGUGGGGGUGCCUCCUGCCCCCCUGGAUCUGUCACUUAUUUGCAUGGAAUAGAAAGUAAAAGCACAGGGCAGGUUUUUUCUUGCAGCAUAAAUUUCAUUUCUUUGUUUUAUUUGUUCAACAAGUUUGAACAGUUACACACUGUCAAAGACAUACAAGCGUGUCGAUAGAAAAAAUGGCUUGGCUUUACCUGAACAUAUCAUUUAGUGAUUAAUAUCACAUAUCACAUGAAGUCUGAAGAGUUACAUAAGCCCAAUCAUUGUGCAUUGUGCAUUGUGCACGUAUAUUAUGUAACAAUUGCGCCGUACGUUGACAUCCCGCCCUUGCAAUCUCGCCCUUAUCGACUCGCUCGCAGGUGUCAAGUGGUGUCAGUGUAAAAUUGUAAAUACUAAUUAUAUUGAUCGUAACCCUAACCCUGUUCAUAAAACCAUCAUUUUUACCCCAAACCCUACACCAAAACCGAAAGUCUAAAUUUAUUUUGAAACCACUAACGAAAUUUCAAGGAGGCGCGAUUUUCAGGGAACAAGAAAAUAAGUAGACGAGAUGACAGGGGGUACAGGUGUAGGAGGGUGGAGUAAAUCUAGGCAAAAUGUGGAAAUAUAAUCCGUAUUAAAUAGUGUGCUCCAAUAAAUAGAGUAUUUUCGACGAGUCAUAUGAUGAGUCGUAUGAGCUGCAUUGAAAUAAUUAAUAGUCAGCAAAAAGGUGGUGUACGUCUUUGAAAAUUGACAAUAGUAUACCGUAUUUCCCCGACUGAAAAUGCCGAGUGCCAUUAACCUACCGUAUUUACUCGUGUAUAAAUGCAUUAGUGUAUAAGUCGCACCCCAUAUGUUGCCGUGAAAAGUUGGUACAAAC